AUGUCUAUUAAUUUGACUAUAGAUCUAUAUUAUAUUUACCUCCUUAGUAAUGCGAGAAGUCUUUGUGGGAAGCAGAGGAGCAAGCAGCUGCCUUUCUUGUGCUCACCUGAACAUUACUGGAGGAUAAGCCACAUCAGUCUACAGAGAGGUGUUCAUACGAGCAGAAUAAGAUGUAAAUGGACCAAAAGUGAAGCUCAUUCUUGCAGUAAGCACUGUUCCCCCCUAAGCCACCAUGGUUUACAUCUUGGAAUCUUGAGACUUAGCACUUCUGCUCCCAAGGGACUUACAAAAGUGAGCCCUCGUAUGUCCCGUAUUAAAAAUACUUUGAACUCUAUUUCAAAGGCUGUUUUUGGCAAACAAAAUGAAAUGAUCUCUCGUUUAGCUCAACUUAAGCCAAGUUCUCGAAUAUUAAGAAAAGUGACAGAUAGCGGUUGGUUAAAACAGAAAAGUGUUAAACAAACCAUCAAGUUUCUGAAAAAGUAUAGUGACAAGUCAGCAGAAAAGAGUUCUGUUCCAGCAAAGGAAAGUCAAGUUAUAGAGAAAGACAAUAUAGGUAAACCAAGCCUUUUUCAUUACACAAAUAAUAUAACCACAAAAUUUGGAGAGUCAUUCUACUUUUUGUCAAGUCAUAUUAAUUCAUACUUCAAGUGUGAGGAAAAAAUGUCUCAACAGAAGGAAGAUCAACAUUUCCAGGAAAAAUCAGAACUUGAACUUAAAAAGGUUGAAGAUGAGAAACCCAGUUCUCCAGAUCCUGGCAUCCUGUCUGAUAAGAAGUUAGAUUCAGAAGCUUCUUUAUAUUCUGAGGACAAGCCUGGAAGUCCCAGUAGGACACCUGAAGUUCUUCCCAUUUCUACUAAACAGAGUAUUGCUAACUUUCUUUCUCGUCCCACGGAAGGUGUACAAGCCUUAGUAGGUGGUUAUAUUGGUGGACUUGUCCCCAAACUAAAGUAUGAUACAAAGAGUCAGUUAGAAGAGCAGGAAGAGACAACAAAAGCUGAGCAGGCUGUCAGCAAAGACAAAAACGCAGAGGAGAAAAGGCGGUUAUCUCUUCAGCGAGAAAAGAUCAUUGCCAGAGUGAGUAUUGAUAAUAGAACGCGGGCGUUAGUUCAAGCAUUAAGAAGAACAACUGACCCAAGACUCUGCAUUAAUAGGGUUGAAGAACUGACUUUCCAUCUUCUAGAAUUUCCUGAGGGAAAAGGAGUGGCUGUCAAGGAAAAAAUUAUUCCUUAUUUACUACGACUGCGACAAAUUAAGGAUGAAACUCUACAGGCUGCAGUUAGAGAAAUUUUGGCCUUAAUUGGCUAUGUGGAUCCAGUGAAAGGACGAGGAAUCCGGAUUCUCGCAAUUGAUGGUGGAGGAACCAGGGGUGUGGUUGCUCUUCAGACACUACGAAAAUUAGUUGAACUUACUCAGAAGCCAGUUCAUCAACUCUUUGAUUACAUUUGUGGUGUAAGCACAGGUGCUAUAUUAGCCUUCAUGUUGGGAUUGUUUCAUAUGCCCCUGGAUGAAUGUGAGGAACUUUAUCGAAAAUUAGGAUCAGAUGUGUUUUCACAAAAUGUCAUUGUUGGAACAGUCAAAAUGAGUUGGAGCCAUGCAUUUUAUGACAGUCAAACAUGGGAGAACAUUCUGAAGGACAGGAUGGGAUCUUCAUUAAUGAUUGAAACAGCAAGAAACCCCACAUGUCCUAAGGUCGCUGCAGUAAGUACCAUAGUGAACAGAGGGAUAACGCCAAAAGCCUUUGUGUUCAGAAACUAUGGACAUUUUCCUGGAAUCAACUCUCACUAUUUGGGAGGCUGUCAGUAUAAAAUGUGGCAGGCCAUCAGAGCCUCAUCCGCUGCUCCGGGCUACUUUGCAGAAUAUGCAUUAGGAAAUGAUCUUCAUCAAGAUGGAGGUUUGCUCCUGAAUAACCCUUCCGCAUUAGCAAUGCAUGAGUGUAAAUGUCUUUGGCCAGACGUCCCCUUAGAGUGUAUAGUAUCCCUGGGCACUGGGCGUUACGAGAGUGAUGUGAGAAACAACGUGACGUACACGAGCCUAAAAACCAAACUGUCUAACGUUAUCAACAGUGCUACAGACACAGAAGAAGUCCAUGUAAUGCUUGAUGGUCUUUUACCUCCUGACACCUAUUUUAGAUUUAAUCCUGUUAUGUGUGAAAACAUACCUCUAGAUGAAAGUCGAAAUGAAAAGCUGAAUCAGCUGCAGUUGGAAGGGUUGAAGUACAUAGAAAGAAAUGAAGAAAAAAUGAAAAAACUUGCAAAAAUAUUAAGUCAAGAAAAAACAACUCUGCAGAAAAUUAAUGAUUGGAUAAAACUAAAAACUGACAUGUAUGAAGGCCUUCCAUUCUUUUCAAAAUUGUGAUGAGUGUGUAUGUGUAGUCUCCUAACUGAAUGCCUGUUGAGAAGAUCCACAGAAUUCAAUAAGGAAUCAUGGGGUUCAGCACGAUUUAUCAUUAAAAUGCUCUUGAAUUCUGGGGAAUCCUGAAAAGACAGUGUUUGGACCAGCUUGCACAGUACAGAGAGAGUGUACUUGAUUACAGAAUUCAUAUGGAAAUUAGGUUUUUAUGAUGUUAAUAAUUAACUGUGCUUUAGGAAUCUUACUGUACUAGUUGGUUUUAGUACAUAUCGAUGUUGUAUUGUUUGAUGUUUGAAAAUUUAUUAAUAUAUGUGCCAAACAAGAACUGAAAACUAUCACAUUAUACUUGGUAUUUUUACUUUAGUCACCAUAAUCAUGUUAAAUUUAUUUAAUCAUUGAUUUUCUUUCAUGUGGAAAAACUAAUUUCUUCUUCAUUACUUUAAACAUUACUUAGGUUUUUGGUAGCUACAUUCUGUGAUCCAAAUACUGCCUCCCACGAUUGUCAUGUGAUCUAAACAGAUGCAGAAAAAAAAUGAAAUUCUCUCUAUCAAAGGACUUUUACAUUUGAAAUAUGAAAGAGCCAGAUACCGUUUUCUAUUCCAAAUAUGUUUAUUUCAAUGUUGUUUGGUUCCGAAAGAUAGGUGAAGUUCCAGUCAACCACUUUUCCCUCCCUAAAACUUCAAGAUAAUCCUGUGUGUCAAUUUUAUAGCUCUAGCUUAUCAUUCACUCAUAUGAAAUUAAUUAUUUGAAUUUACUGAGGAAAUACCCCAUC